AUGGCCACGCCACCUAAAUCGACGGCAGGGUCUAACAAGCGCGAUUUUGAGGAAUAUCAAGAACAGAAACAAAUCGGAGAGAGCGAGGAAAGCGUGAAGAAACCACGCCUCGAAGUCACUUCGGAAAGUGCCCACACCUUUGAUGAUCUGUUUGAAGACCCCCCGGAAAAUUGGACUGAAGAUGAAGCGGUGAAGAUGUGGGGUGAUUUGCUGAACGAUCCCGAGCCAGAAGGAGGUGCGAAGUUCGGCGGCAAAGAACAGCAAAAGUUCGGGGAGCGAUAUGGACAGGGACCUGCAUUGACCGCUGCAAGUUCCCAUGUGGAGCACAAGUCGGUGGUUAUCGAACAAGAUAUGCCGACAUUGUCACAGUCGACAGCCCCUGAGAAGACGAAUGAAGCAGACGCUUUGAAAGAAGGAGAAAGUACUGUUAUGGGAGCGAUUUCUUCGACGCAAAAUACUUCGACUCUUUCCAAUCCUCAACCUGUCCAGCAUAGUUCUUCCAGUGUCGAGAAGACUCUGAAGCCUCGAUUCCCACCUGCUGACACCCCUCUCCCUGAAGGCAUAUCACUGGACAAGCUUUGUCGUCGCUGGCCACAUCACCUCGCUGGUAGGACUUUAAGACGGUUCAUCGAAGAGGGUUGUAAUGCAGGAUGGAUCUUUGUCCGACUCGAUUACUUUAUCCGGAGAGCUCUCGACAAGCAAGGUGCUCUUGAAAAGAAGAAGGGUUGGGAGGUGGUGCAGCAGCGCCUGGACGAAGAGAAGGCGAGAAUGGCUGAGGAAGCAAAGCAAGCAGGGCUUCAGGCGCAGAACAAUAUGCCUGCAGGAUCCAGUAAUCGUCCAGACACCACCUCCGAGUCGGCACCAGAAGCAAUCGCACCGCAGAACCAGGGACAAGGUCAACAAUUUAGAGUCUUCCAAACUCCUCAGACAUCCGUCGACUCGUUGCAGAGCACAUCGAGAACAACUCUCGCACAGCCCCUGACUUCCCCACAAUUACCGGCGCUGUCUGCAGAUAUCCCUAUCACGAACGUCCGUCAUACGCCAGCAUCCUCUCGUGAGGGCGGGUUCUCCGAGUCACAACGACAGCCUCCAUCAGCAGGAACCCGAGAUACUCGCCAUCUUUUACCGACAUCCCACAUCGAUCGUGUUAACAACCACACACGCGAGAUCCAGCACGAGUUAACCAAACACCAGAACAUCCUGCGAGACAUCUCAUUUGCAGAUUCUAGCUGGGCCCACAAGACGCCGGAAGAACGAGUACAGGAUGAGAGAAAACACUGGAUGGACCAGGCUCGCUCAUAUGAGGAGCAUGUCGUGGACCUAUUGGGCGGUGAUGUCGUUGGAAUCGACUUUCAAUCCACUAGACCGCGAGACGUGUUGGCCCGCCAGCUAGAACUUAUCAGACGGGUCCUAACCAAGCGGGCACCGCAUCCCGACAACGCUAGCGUACAGGAUAUCAGAAUAAACAACGAGAAAAUAGAAGCGACCUCGCUGAGGCAGCAGCGUGAUGUUUUGGUAAGAUGGACCGAAACCUUGCAAGAGAUGUUGGCUGGCAUUCGAAAUGCUUUCUCACAGAGCAUUGAGACCAUCGAAGCGAGCUCGGGAACCCCGCGCUCUCAGGCUGCUCAAUCACAAGCUCAUGGCACCCAUUCCUUAUCACCUCCACACAGAUCCCAAAGCUUCGGUACCGAAGUUUUGAGUAAUUUGCCUGCGAGAGCUCAGGAGGGCCAGGUGCUCGGACACCAGCGACCUGAAAGUCGACCACCUUCUUCGCCGCUGGAUCGUGAUUCGACACGGAUGCAUUAUCCUAUCGACUUGCCUCCUCCCAACGAACCAGCAGCUCCUACCUCAAGACCCGAGGGAGGCAGUGUGACCGCUAGGACUGACCAGUCUGGCCAGCGUCCAUACUACUAUUCGUCGAUUGACGGGCAGUACCAUGCAUACCCAGUCUUCAGUGUGCCGCAACCUCAGAUAGGUUAUCAAGGAAUCAUUCCCCCUACCAAAGCCAGUUCCGCUGUCACUCCAGUUGCAGGCCCUCCAACCUCAACCGAUACCCCCAAAAGAAAGAGACGCGGUGCACCGAGGACGGUUAUGUUUCCCAACGUGCCACGAAGCAAUACUCCACUUUCAGCGCUAGCAAAAGUGGAUAAUGAAGAGGUUCUGAGAAGCUUUCCUGAGCACUUAUCAAUUCCGGAGGUAAUGAGGCGCUUCGUUCGUCCAAACGGCGCAAAAACUGGUGGGUGGCAGACCAGAAAAAUGGUCAAUUAUCUCCUUGGCCAUGAGAAUAAAAAAGACUAUACAGGUAUCUCGGAGAAUGAGCGGCGUGCCAACCUUUCGCGAUGGGUUACAAAAGAGCGAGACUCUUGCAAUAACAAGAUCCGAAAAGAGCUGGGUAUUUCGAAGAAGACGACGAAGUCAACGAUCGUUCAGAAUCAACCGUCGUCGACUAGCAGCAGUAUUCUUCCGAACACUCAGCAAAUAACCUCGCUUCCACCCCUUGCGCAUUCUGCACCUCCAUAUCCACAGAGCGGCUACUCUCAACUCCCGCAGCCACAUGGUGGAUUCCCGCAGCCGCAUGGUGGAUUUCCGCAGCCGCAUGGUGGAUUUCCGCAGCCGCAUGGUGGAUACCCUGCACCUUCAUACGUGCAAAGCGCUUUCUUUACAGCUCCAUAUUCCCAAGAUCAACACCUCACACUUCAAGUGACGGGUGCUCCACCUGCCGGGUACGAUAGAAUCAUGACCGAUGCUCCAUCUGGGCUUCAGACGCUAGAGACUCCGCAGGUCAGAGUGCCUCACGUCCCGAGGAAUCAGGGAGGCUUAUCGGAUGCUCUAAGCCCAACCAGCAGUAGACUUCAAGAGUCACUGCUGAAUACAGCCUUGGGGGCUAAUGAAUGGUGUGAUUUGGAGGAGGCAGAAGGAGAUUGGGAGCCCCAGGUUUAG